GCCAUUUGUUUUUGCUCAGAAUAAAGCAAACAUUACACAAGAAGUUUGGAGAUAUCUGUGCUGUGGGUUUGUGGGAGGGAUAUUACGGUUAUAUCAGUUGUCCUGCUGUUGUCUCUGACUUAUUGUGAGAGUUUAGUUCAGCAGGACGAUGUUCUUUCCACUGCUGUUAUGGACGGCUUUACUCUGUCACGUCUCAGAUGCCCAGACUUCCUCUCAAAGACUGGAUCCGGUCAUAGACCAAUCUCCAGCGUUUUAUGUUUUAGCUCCUGCAAAGAUGAGGCCUGGAACUAAACAGAACAUCCUGCUGGAGGCUCACAAACUGUCCGAGGCGUUAGAAGUCACCAUCACGGUCUAUGAUUAUCCACUGUCUGACACUGUCUUAAUGAGGGACUCGGUUACCCUCAAUUCAGAAAAUAACUACAGUGCCCUCAAAACCAUUGAGAUUGAUCCAACUCUGCUACAACCAGAUGGAAAGAAGAAAUAUGUGAAGCUGGUUGCUCAGUUUAGCAGAUUUCAUCAUGCAGAAAGAGUAUUACCAGUGUCUUUCCGCUCUGGAUACAUCUUCAUUCAGACUGAUAAACCGGUUUAUAAACCUGGAGACACAGUGCGUUGCAGGGCUUUUGUGUCUGACACUGAAUUCCGUGCUGCUGAGAGGAAUAUUUCUCUGGAAAUUCAGAAUCCAGAUGGGAUUGCAGUACAUGGUAUUUCUAGAGCCAAAUCAAUCGAUGGGAUACUCUCUAACAUUUACCCCCUCUCAUCUGUGGUCAAGGAGGGCAGAUGGAAAGUAGUUGCAAAGUUUAAUCAGGGAAAAGAGAACAUUUUCAGCAGAGAGUUUGAAGUCAAGAAAUAUGUCCUCCCAGCAUUCAACGUCACUUUGACUCCAAAGACAUCCCACCUCAGACUAGACGCAGAAAAGUUGGAGGUAGAAAUAACAGCCAGGUAUCUUUAUGGUGAACCAGUGAAAGGUGUUGCAUAUGUGCUGUUUGGUAUUGAAAUUGAUGGUGAAAAGAAGAGACUCACGUCUAUGAAGCAAAUAAAUGAUCUGAACGGAGGAAAAGUUAGUUUGACAAUGGAAGAGAUAAAGAAGGUCUAUCCUGACACAAACAGUCUGCUGAAGUCUUCUGUGUACGUCAAAGCAUCAGUAAUGACCAGCUCAGGUAGCGACCUUGUGGAAGCAGAGAAAUCUGGUAUUAAAAUCGUCAUGUCACCCUACAUGCUUUCCAUCAGAGACACACCAAAGUAUUUCAUACCUGGCCUGCCAUUAGCCAUGACGGUUACCUUGAGUGACCACGAUGGAUCUCCAGUCCAUGAUAUUCCUGUUAAAAUCAGUUUUUUUCAAAACCCAAUCACUGUACACAAAGGCACCAUCAAAGUCUCCAUCAACAUGCCUGAGAUAAACAGCUCAGAUGCUGAUUCACAGAUAUUGAAGGUUGAGACAGUAGAUUCUUUACUGAAACCAGAACAGCAGGCAGUUCAAGAGAUACGUGUGGAGCCAUAUGCCUCAUUUAAUGACGACAGGAACUACCUGCACAUCUCAAUGGGCAGCAGUUCAGUGGUGGUGGGCAGCACACUCAACAUCAAAGCUCACAUCAAAUCUAUUCAAGGAGAACGAAGAAAACUUGUGGAGCAACUAAUGUAUGCUGUGAUAAGUAAAGGAAAUAUAAUCCACGCUGCUAGGAUGAAUGUUAAAGACCUGGUCAUCAUAAACAUUCCUCUGCUGGUUACCACAGAAAUGCUACCUGCGUUUCGCUUUGUGGCCUACUAUAUUUUGCCAUGGCAACCCAGGGCAGAAGUGGUGGCGGACUCUGUAUUUGUGGAUGUGGAGGACCGGUGUGUUGGUUCGCUCAGCAUAGGAUCAGCGGAAGGAGAAAAUGUUAAUUCAUACUCACCAGGCAGCAGCAUUAAACUUAAAGUGAAAGGAGACCCGGGGGCAAAGGUCAGCCUGGUUGCUGUGGAUAAUGCCAUCUUCCUGUUAAGUAAAAGCCGUCUGACGCAGAAGAAGGUGUGGGAGGUGGUGGGUCAAGGUGAUAUGGGCUGCACCGCAGGAGGAGGAAGGAAUAAUAUGGGUGUUUUCAGUGACGCAGGACUGAUGUUUCAUUCCAGCACAGGAGGAUACACAGAUUACAGAAAAGAUUGCUCCAGUAGAUCUAGAAGAAGACGUUCUGCUGCCAAACUGCAGCUUAGAGCGCAACUGGAGAAGGUAUAUUCUGAUGAGCUCCUGCAGAGAUGUUGUGUGGACGGCAUGAGGGAGAUUCCCAUGCCAUAUUCCUGCUACCGCCGCUCGCUCUACAUCACUGAGGACUGGAGCUGUGUGUUGGCUUUCCUUCGCUGUUGUGCAGAGUACAGAGGAGAGGAGCUCGGUGUCGUGACCAGACCUCCAACAACAACCGCUCCACCAACCACCACCCCUCCGCUCACCAUCAGCACAGAUGUGUAUUAUUAUGAUUUUUAUGAAGUGCCAAUGUUUACCAGUUUUUCAUAUGCAUAUUCUGUGGAUUCACAACAUGAAGCCAGUCAAAUUGAAGAAGAAGAAGAGGUGGAGGAGUUUGACGAAGAUGAUUUAGCUGACUUAGAGGACAUUUACGUGCGCAGCAAGUUCUUUGAGUCAUGGCUGUGGACUGACAUUACAUUACCCAGUGUCACCAAGACUGAUGGAUUGGCUAUAUUACCAGUAAACACUGUUCUUCCUGACAGCAUCACUCAGUGGAGGUUUCUAGCCAUCAGUGCUUCACCUCAGACAGGUUUCUGUGUAGCCGAACCUUAUGACAUCCGUGCGUCAAAGAAAUUCUUCAUAGAUCUGCGGCUGCCUCACUCGGUGUCCAGAAAUGAACAUGUGGAAAUCAAAGCUGUGGUCCAUAACUAUAUGAAGUCAGAACUAGAGGUCAUGGUGAUUCUGGAGAAGACAGAGGACAUGUGUAGCGUGGCAUUUACUGGACAACACAGACAGCAGGUUUUGGUUCCGGCCAGCUCAUCCAAGCUGAUUUCAUACACCAUCAUCCCUCUUAAAACAGGAGAGCUUCCUCUACAGGUCACAGCCGCCGCGGACUCCUUCAUGGGGCGGGACGCAGUGAGGAAGAAUCUACGUGUGGUGGUCGAAGGCAUCCAGACAAUUAAAGUUAGGAGCUUUGUGCUGAACCCCUCAGAGAAAGGAAACAGCGCUGGUAAACAGCUGAUAGAAGUGGAGAAGAUGCAAUUGGACGGUGUUGUGCCCAAUUCUCUGCCGGAGACAUCUGUCAAUGUCAGAGGUGAUUUGCUGGCAGACAGCAUUGAUAACUCUAUUAAGGAGGACUCUCUGGCAGCGUUGAUCCGGAUGCCCGGUGGAUGUGUGGAGCAGAACCUGGCCAGAAUCACGCUGCCCCUCAUUGCCACCCAUUACCUGGACAGCAGUGGAAACUGGGACGCUGUGGGAGUAGAUCGCAGACAAGAGGCCAUCAAAUACAUCCAGACAGGGUAUGAAAAUCAGCUUAAUUACCGGAAAAAGGAUGACUCGUAUCCUCCCUACGCUAAAGAGGGGACCAGCACAUGGAUCACUGCAUACGUGGUGAAGGUUUUCUCCAUGGCAAAAUCAUUUAUAAGCAUCAAUGACAAGCAUCUGUGUGGCCCUCUGGUGUACCUCCUCAAGAAUAAACAGCGUCCUGAUGGAUCCUUUCAGGAGGACAAUCCUGUCUACGACACCAGUAUGACGGGAGGCCUUCAAGGCUCUGAAUCCAGAGUGUCUCUGACCUCAUUCGUGCUCAUUGCUUUGGCAGAGGCACAAAAUGCUCUUACUUGCCAAGAGCCAAGCCUCGACAUAAAGGACCAAGUCAGAAAAGCAGCCUUGUACAUAAGAGAGCAUUACCCCCGGGUGAAGAGACCAUACACAGCAGCUAUAGCAUGCUACGCUUUAGCGGUAUCCAACUAUGGCUGCAUGAAGAGCAUGUUACUAAAUUUAGCAUCACCUGAUCGAACCCACUGGCCUGACUCUAUUAAUUAUUUCUUCACGCUGGAAGCUACUGGCUAUGCGUUGUUAGCUCUGAUCAAAGGUGGCCACAUGGAAGAGGCAGCCGUCCCCUUUCGAUGGCUGAACGAGAAGCGUGGCAUUGGAGGAGGAUACGGCUCUACUCAGUCCACUAUGGUGGUGCUACAGGCUCUGUCUGAAUACCUGGUGAAGAGGCCUCCCCCUGAAGAUCUCAAUCUGUUGGUGGAGCUCAGUGUUCCUGGUCGCAGUGACAUACGCUGGACAUUCAAUCCAAAAAUGGCACAUGUGGCCCGAUCUUCACGGGUGCCUCUUGAUCAGAAAUUCACAGUGGAGGCUUCUGGGAAGGGCAAGGGCAUUUUGGAGGUAGUGACGGUGUACCACCAGCUUCCUGAUGUGUAUGAGAACAGCACAUGUAACGGCUUUCAGCUGGACGUCUCCAUCGCCGAGACUAGUGAAAAAAAAACAUCGGAUGUAGAAAAGUCAUACAGACUUAAUAUCAACGUGAGGGCUCUGGAGGGACGGCAGGUGAGGAUGGUGAUUCUGGACAUCAGUCUGCCCACCGGCUUUGAGCCUGAAAACUCAGAUUUAGAAUUGCUCUCAAAUUCGGUGGAUCGCUACAUCAACAACUUUCAAGUGGUGGACAACCUGAGCGACAGAGGAUCCCUCAUAAUUCACCUUUUUAGGGUAUCCAGUACUCAGACAGACACGAUAUCAUUCAGACUGCAUCAGAAAUUUAAAGUGGGUCUCCUUCAGCCCUCCACUGUCACAGUGUACCAGUACUACAACAAAGAUAAACGCUGUAGCAGGUUCUACUCUCCUCCAGAAGACAAAGAGCAGCUUGAUCAAAUCUGCAAAGACAACGUGUGUCGCUGCUCUCACGGUGACUGUUGUGUAAUGAAGGAGGACUCCUCAUCUUUCAGUACAAAACAGAGGAAGGCCACUGUGUGCAAUGGAUUACAUCAUGUCUACAGGGUCAAGCUGAUCAGCGUCAGCCAGAGUCACUACGACCAGUUUGAGAUGGAGAUUGUGCAGGUUAUCAAAGAGGGGUCAGAGGAAGGCCUGAACGAGAAUGAAAGGAGGACGUUCCUCUCUCAUGCGAGCUGUAGGACAGGACUUGGUUUGAGAGAGGGUCAGGACUAUCUGAUCAUUGGGCCCAUCAGAGAUGUUUGGCACGCAGGGAGCACGUCCAACAAAUUUGUGUAUAUGCUGGGUAAAGACACAUGGGUCGAGCGCUGGCCGUCUGAGUCUGAAUGUGGAGCUGGAUCUGCACUGGAAAGGAAAUGUGCCGAGUUGGAGAGCUUUGCAAAGGACCUGACAGAAAGCGGCUGUAAGACAGAUGUUGGUUUUUGAACAUACAC